CAGGCGAGGCGACGAAGGCCCAAGGAGAGUGAGAGUUAGAGAGAGAGAGACAGAGAGAUGGCUUCUCAUCUCUCUUCCACUUCUCCCUCUGCUUUGCCACUCUGCUCUCUAUCCUCUACCUCUAGAGACUCCGCCACCCGCCGGGAUAGGGCUAUUGGGGUAGACAAGCGCGUUGUGGAAUAAGCGAUUGUUGGCGGUGCUAACUUCACUAAAAAGCAGCCUACUCUAGGUCAGUUGGGUUUCAUGUGAGGUCCAGCUUGGAAAACGAGGGCUGUUCCUCAGAUGUUUCAGAUGGCUCAUUUGAACCAAUCAAGAUGAAGGGCUCUGAGAUAUUGACUUCUCGACGGAAGUGCAUCGCAUGUUUAUGUUCAACCAUGGCAUUGGUGAACAUUGGUAGUUCAACUUCUGAGUCAGAAGCAAUUGCUUUGGAUGGAAAGGAAAGACCUGUCUGUCGGAAUUGUGGUGGCAGUGGUGCAAUAAUAUGUGACAUGUGUGGUGGUACAGGAAAAUGGAAGGCGCUCAACCGAAAACGUGCCAAAGAUGUUUAUGAGUUCACUGAAUGUCCAAAUUGUUACGGUCGAGGGAAACUUGUUUGUCCUGUGUGUUUAGGGACUGGUUUACCAAACAACAAAGGUCUUCUUAGGCGGCCUGAUGCGCGACAAUUGCUUGAUAAGAUGUACAAUGGUCGGCUGUUACCGAACUCGUAGGGGCUGACAAAAUGGAUUCAAAGGCAGGAAUUGUGUUUGCUUUUUUGUUUCAAUUGAACAAAACUUGUGGCAGUGGAAAGGGAAUGGCCUUAAUGUACAUUUCCUAUGGUUUUUUUUUGGGCACUUGAAUUCAAUUGUGAAAUUUUGGUUGUUGAAUGAUUCAAUUACCACAUAAUUUUGAUCAUAGUCCCUUGAUCUCGUUUGCUUCUA